AUGCCAUCACAAUGGAAAGUGGCUGCAACUCAUGCUAUUGAAAUUGAUUUGACACAUGAAUCGGGAUUAAGAUUAAAGCAAUCUUAUGAGCUUCUUAGUAAGCAAGUUGAUGGAUAUGAUAAUCUUGGUUUUACCAAGCAAGAUCAUAAAAACUACUUACGCAUUAAGCGACAGAGAGAAAUGGAGCAUGGGGCAGCUGCUAGCUUGGGAAGAUAUUUCAGUCAUCAACUUAAGGAAAAUCCUUCAUAUUAUUUCGCUACUCAAUUGGACUAUGAAGAGUUGAUUACUAAUAUCUUUUGGGCCGAUGCAAGAAUGAUUAUUGACUAUAGCCACUUCGGUGAUGUAAUAACAUUUGAUACAAUGUAUAGUACAAAUAGAGAUGCAAGGCCACUUGGAGUAUUUUUGGGUCUUAAUCACCAAAGAGAAACUGUUGUAUUUGGAGGUACACUUUUAUAUGAUGAAACAAUUGAAUCUUUUAAUGCUGAGAAACACUUGGGUCAUUUACUCAAAAAUGAGCCUCAAUUUAACGUUGAUUUCUUAGCAUGUAUUUAUGAGUAUGACGGUGAAGAUGAGUUUCUUACAGCUUGGAAUGAAAUGCUAGAUAAGUACGAUGUUCGUGAAAAUAAAUGGCUAAUUGAUCUAUUUAAAUUGAAGGAAAAAUGGGCCCAAGCAUAUGUUAAGAGAACUUUCAUUGCAGGAAUGAAGACAACCCAGCUUAGUGAGAGUUUCAAUGUUGACUUGAAGGAUUGCUUGCGUACUGAUAUCAAUAUAGUAGAGUUUUUCACUCAUUUUGAAACGGUUGUCAAUCAAAAGCGGGAUAAGGAGUUAGAAGCAGAAUACAACUCUAUACAUAAAUUUCCAAGAUUGAAGCUCAAAAGCUCUCCUAUGCUUAACCAAGUAGCAAUAGUGUACACACCUAAGUUGUUUGAUUUAUUUCAGACAGAAGUUGAAGAGGUAAUGGCACUUUCCAUCCUACAAUGCAAUGUGAGUCAAACACAUAGUUAUGUGAUUGGAGUUUUCAAUCACAAUGGAAAAUAUGAGGUCAUGUGGAAUCCAUUAGAUGAGACUCUAUCUUGUAGUUGCAGAAAGUUUAAGUCAUUUGGUAUUUUAUGUAGGCAUGGUUUGAAAUUUCUUGAUGUAUUGGAUAUCAAGUUGAUUCCUAAUAGAUAUAUCAUGAAGAGGUGGAAAAGAGAUGCAAAAGAUGGAAGGGAAAAAAAUUGCACAACACAUAACAUUAAGCCGGAUACUUGA